AUGUCUCUCAGGGCCGUCUACGAGCAAUUCCUCGCGAAUCCAUCGCCUGCGAUCCUCGGCCGCGAUGUGUCGUUGAACUACAUCACCACGACAACCUCGGUCGAUGGCGCCGAUGAGGUCUUGGGCCAUCUGCAACGCCAGCAGAAGAUUGUCAAGAAGAAGGCAGACAAGGUCCUCGACGCGAUUGAGGCCCCCGGCUCCGUCGUCCUUGAGAUCGAAACUACCGUCGAAUUCGUGUCUGGUGGCGGGGCUUAUCUCCCCUCUCUCGACGAUAAUUUCCUGGCCGACCGCGUGGUCACCUUUCCUACGGUGCACAUUGUCCGAUUCGAUGCGAAGAACCAGAUCCAGCAGAUUAGGCUUUACUGGGACCAGGGGUCGCUUCUCAAGGAAGUAGAGGUCAUUGGUUCCCGUGGACGCAACUGGCCAAUUCGUGACGCGAAAGACCAGUCGAAACUAAUCGCCAACAUCGUUUCCGUGCAAGGCCCGGCCCCUGCUGCAAUUCCAGAGAAGAGCGCGUCAAAGCCGGUGCAGGAUGUUCCUCGAUCGGUGUCCCCUAGCAAGAAGCAUAUCAAAGACCCCCACGCAUCAUUGUCCUUAUUCGGUGGCAAUAUCGAUGAAGAAUCAACCUCUAUGGUUGCGCCUUAUGCUCCGAGCUCGAUCAGACCGCAUGCUCGCGGCCCCAGUGAAGUUCUUAUCGGCGGUGUCGACGACGAUGCCACUCCUACAAAGCCUCGAGACAGUGUCAUUUCACCUAGAGCCGGAGCUUCAAAGCACUAUGGUCCAAUUCGUGUGUUUGGCGACGAUCCUGAAGACUCUACCCCUGCCAGUCCCAUUCAGGCACGUAUUGGCUCUAGCAGGAACUUUCAAGCUAUCCGUGUCAUUGGAAAUGAAGACCACGAUCAGCGCUCCGAAGAUGUUAUCCAACCUAAAAUUGGAUCGAAUAAAAACUACCAACCCGUGAGACUGUUUGGUGAUGACGCCAAUGCCGAAAUAGAAGAAGAGCCACGCUACAAGACCCAUCCUAAGAAGUUCACCCAUUUCGAGAUGGGAGAGGCGAAUGACGGCUCUGCAGAAAUUCAAGACCGUCCGGCACCCAAGAUGCGCCCAAUGUCGCAAUGGGAUUUUGCUGAUUUCGCAACCCCCGAGAAGCCCCGUGGCAAGCUCCGCGCUCAGGACGUUCGCCAUUUUGGCUGGAGCGACAACGAGGAGGAAGUUGGAGAAACCCCCCCAGCGCGGCCGCGUGUCGUCCAGCCCCGUCGUGAUGCCGAGACUCACUUUGAUAUGGCAGAUGAGGACUCGAAAGCAGGCGGCGAGUCAGGUCGUAUCAUUGGCUCAUUCCACAACAAGGGCCUAGGCUUAUACGAGAACAAUCUCUACGACGAAGAGGGCAAUCCGACACCCCCCAAGACCUCGGGAUCAAAACAACCUCUCUCAAUCGUCCCCAACAACGCUUUCCGGAAGAAGGAUUUUGACAGCCAUUGGGAUGCCACCGAUGCCUCACCCACCAACGAGUCAGUCAAAUCAGAGACCAAACCCAUGGGUGCCGAUCGGGUCCAGGCCGUCAGGCAGAUGGACGCCUCCUGGGAUAGCUACGACCAAUCCCCCGAGCCAAAGAAAGCGGCGACACCACCCCAACUUACACAGAGCCGCGCAAACCGCAAAGCUUUCCAGCCUAGCUGGGGAUUCGGCAAUGAUGAUGAAUAG